AUGACAUCGAACUCAGAAAGAAUCACAGAGAAUUAUCAAGGCUACAUAAACCCCAAAACGGUUGCCAAUCAUGAACAACUUCUCAUGGAAAUGUCAUUGCAUGGAACCAUUCAACCAGCUCGACUUUUUGCUCUUAAAUAUCGUGUAUUACCAUGCACCAUGGUCAGCAAUUCGUAUUCUACUCAAAUUGCCGAUAAUACCGUUCUAUACACUUUUCAUACAACCAGUGUAGUCAAGUAUUUACUCGAUCAAUAUCAAAUUGAUCCAUGUUCAAUCGUAUCAAAUUCACAAUAUAUAUAUGAACGAAAAAUCUCUUUUUAUUCUGAUCUAUACCUUGAUUUGAAUGAUUAUUUGUCUAUAUUCAUAUCGGGUGGGAAUAUAUCUGUUGGAGAAAUGGAUAAUCCAUUUGGUUUCCAACCAGAUACGGAUAAUGUAAAAGAAACAAGUUUGCAAAUGGUUUGUUACAAUCCUCAAUCGGGUUUUUAUACUUCAUCAAUUUCGAUUAAACGACCAUUAAUCAAAGAUUUACGUCUUAACUAUGGAGAACAAUUUACUGAAGGAACUGGGAAAACUUAUUAUAUUCGCUAUUUAAUUCACGAAAUUACCGAGAAAAUGUUGAUCUACAUUCCACCAGAUUUAGUGACGGAAAUUUCGAAACCUGGCUUUUUGCCAUUUCUAAUGCAGUAUCCAAAUUCUAUUUUGAUUAUCGAAGACUCGGAGAAUAUCAUACUUGAUCGUAAAGAAAGUGUCAAUCCCAAUCAAGCUGUUAGCAAUCUGCUAAAUCUUAGCGAUGGAUUGUUAGGUGAUGCAAUGCAUCAGCAAAUCAUUGCGACAUUUAAUUGUGAAAUCAAAAACAUCGAUCCCGCUUUAUGUCGCGAAGGACGUUUAUUAGUUGAACAUAAAUUUGAUAAAUUAUCAGUGGAAAAUAGUCGACGUUUAGCGAAAGAAUUGGGCGUUGAAGAAGCAGACCAAAUUCAAGUACCAAUGACUUUAGCGGAAAUUUAUGCGAAGAAAAUCUCAUUUGCUAUUCUUGCUCCAAAAAAAUCGGACAAUACCAGUAGUACAAUGCUAUGGUCCACAUCUACGUUUACGACAAUAUUAACGUCAACAUCGACAUUAACAACUACUCUUACCAAGAAGCCUGGAUGGUCGAUUGCUGGUGAUAUGAGUGCUGUACGAUACCAACACACUGUCUCUUUACUGGAAAACGGAAAAGUACUAGUGGUCGGAGGGAUUCAAAAUUCUUCUAUUCUUGAUAUUACUGAACUGUACGAUCCAGUCACACAACGCUGGAUAACGACGGGUGUUAUGAAUGAUAUGCGUCAUGCCCAUAUAGCAGUCGUAUUAAGAAAUGGCAAGGUACUGGUGGCUGGUGGAUUUAAUGGUAGUGAUUUUUUAAAUACUGCAGAGUUGUAUGAUCCAUUGACAGGAAUAUGGACGAUGACUGGUAGUAUGAACAAUUCACGAAAUUACGCUGCAGGAUCUAUUUUACCAAAUGGAAAAGUAUUGGUCAGUGGAGGAUAUGAUGGUGACAAUAUUUUAGAUACUGCAGAAAUAUACGAUCCAUCAACUGAAGCUUGGACAAUUACUGGUAAUAUGAACAAGUAA